CGCAUAAUCUAGUAGUAGUCCGUCGUCAGUGGUGUCGAGAAGUCAGAUAGUUAGUAAGUCAGUCAGUAAGUUUUUUCAACAGACAGACCGACAGAUAGACAGUGGUCAGUGGUCAGUGGUCAGUUAGUGAAUCAAUUUCAGUCAGUCAGUUAGAAUCGUUGAAAGUAUUAGAAAAGUGAACGAACGAGAAACGAACUACAAACGAAUAGUAGUGGUAGUAUCUAAAUAAUCGGAGUGUUGAGUCGAGUCGAGUGUAACCGAGUCUAGUCGAACCUAACCGAACAACUUAGUAAGCAAGUAGCAAACAAGUAAGAAAGAAUACAAGCAAGUGAGCAAGCGAAUAAACGAACGAUUACGAGAGAAAAAGAAAGAGAAAGAAAACGAGCUAACGAACUCGUUCAUUGUAUUUAGUGUACCGCAUAUUAUUCUACGACGAUAACGUGUGUGCGUGCAUGAAUUCGCGUGAAUUACCCGCGUGAGAGAGUAAGUGAGCAAGUUAGAGCAAAUAAAUGAGUGUGAGUGAGUGAUUGAGUGAAUGUGUGUUGUUGCAUGUUAUGCAUGUAUAUGCAUGUAAUAAGUAAAUAUACACACACAUAUAUAUACAUAAAAAAAAAAACAAAGUUAGUGGUUCUAAUCGUGUGUCGAUGAAAAGUGAGUGAUAGAGCGGGAGAGAGAGAGAGAGGGAGAGAAAGAAGGAAAGAAAGAAAGGCAUAAAGUAUCAGUUGGGAGGGAAAUUGGGGGUUAGGGUAGAUAUCGAAGGGUAGGGAUUAGGGAUAGAAAGGGAAAAAACGCGCAGAGGAAACGCGCACGUCGUUCUCGCGUUCACCACUACUACUACACUACCUUGGAUUGUAUAGUUGAAUAAGUGUUUGGUGUAUGUGUGUGUAUGUGUCUCUUUCUUUCUCUUUCUCUUUCUCUCUCUCUAUUCGUUAGUGUGCGUUGGUCGUCUAUUAGGAAGUUUUUAAGUGUAUGUGUAGUUGAAUUGGAAAAGUCCAGUGGCGGCCACAAAGAGUGAGAGAGGAGCCAUCAUGGCGAAUCCACGGAAAUUCAGUGAAAAGAUUGCCUUGCUCAACCAGAAGGAGGCGCAGGAGACGGCAGCUUUUGAAGCAAUCAUGCGAGAAGUAUCGGACGUUACGAGCAGAGUCGCGUCAGCAAGCAGCUCGGUGGGUGCGAGUCCUACGGGAUCUGGUGUCCCGGAUGCCCCGCUCUCCGUCAAAAGUGCCGGUGCGAGUCCUCCGCAAUCAAGUGGCAAACAUCUUCACAUUAACCUGGGCAAUCAAUUCCGAGCAGGAGGUUCCUUGCCUAACGUUAACAACAAUGCUAACUGUGCCAACGACACGAAGGAUCAUCAUCCUUCGCAACACACCGGUGCCGUUCAUUCGAUCGAUCUUAAGACGGCGUUAAGCAAUUUGGAAGAUAUGCAACAUUCGAUGGUAUAUCGAAGUAAUGAAAGAGGUAGGCAUAUGGGGGUUGGUCCUGUACGUUCACGUCCCAUGGAAAAAAGACACGACACAUCACCAUACAGUGGUGUUUCUUAUCUUUCACCAUCGUUACCAAACGAAUGGCGAAGGACCAAUUCGGAUUCAGCAUUGCAUCAAAGUGCUAAUGAAGCUUGCCAAUCAACGACGACUAUGCCUCAUCGAAGAGAUCAGCACAAUAUGAACAGCGGUAGUAAUGAUAAUAGAGAAACGUAUCAUGGUUCAAUCGAAAGACCAAGGUCGUCAUGCGAGAUGCCACGAGUACCUGGAAUCAACAUAUGUUUGAGUUCACAACCACCUGGACAACAAAUUCCUAUAGGAAAUAAUACAGGAUCGUUGCCAGAUUUGAGCAAUGUCCAUUUUCCAACACCCCUUCACACCCCUCUAGACCAAGAGGAUCACACCAGUAGUACACCCUUCAGCAACAGUCCUCAAACGAGCAGUCCUACAAACCUGUCGCCGACCAGCUUAUGCCAAGCUGGUAGGCUAUCCCUUUCACAGGAUCACAAUCCGUCAAGUGCCCAAGUAAAUAUCCUAUUGCCAACAACAACAAAAAUAAACCCCCAGGGUGUGGCGCUGGAAAACAGCACAAGUACUUCGCAACAGGAUCUUCAGAAUUAUUCUCAACAACAACAACAGCAACAACAACAACAACAACAACAACAAACGGCACCUCAACCACCACCAUCGAUAUCUCACAAUCCGGCUGCUGGUCAUUAUAUUUAUCAACAACAACCACAUAGUCCUGUGCCACCACAAAGCCCGAAAACGUCACAAUCUCAGCAAUCUCAACAACAUCAGCAUCAGCAACAACAACAUCAACAACAACAACAACAACAACAUCAGCAACAUCAACAACAAUCUCAAUUAAAUUCCUUGGGUUCCUAUAGAACUUCGCAACCUGUUAACAGGCCAUCACCACAAUCGUCACCUAGUUUAACUGUACAGGGGAGUCCAUUAAGUUAUAGCAAUAAUCCAUCAGCUCCGCCAAGUCCAACAGGACAUCCUGGUCCACCGACCCUAACCUCGGAUGGAAUAGAUCAAAACAGUUACGUCAUCAACCAAGCACAAGCUGCUGCACUUCAACAAGACUUUGAACAAUUCACGAUGGAUUGGCCGAAAUUCGCACAGCAGCUCAUGGAACUUGGUUGCACCUGGACAACGCAGAUUGAGAUGGACACACCUGUCUCUGCUAACACGAUUGGAAGUUACAUUAGUUCGCCUAAUCACACGACGAGUUAUUCACAGAACGACAUGAUUAACGUCGGCGGUGAUUUAGGCAGCGGAGAUGGUGGAUAUUAUAGCCCGAAUCCCCAAGUGGGUUAUCAACCAACGAACACGUCAUCUACGACGGCACAACAAUUGACUCCACAAACGCCAAAUACACCUACGAUCAUACUCACAGAUUUUUCUGGAGCGGAUGACCUGACCAAUCCAGAAUUUGUGAAAGAUCUAGGAACGGCAAUGAUGAGCGAUUUCGAUCCAGAACUAUUUCCAACGGACGAUGCCCUUAGACAGGGCUUGGGUCAAAUCGACGUUGAUGGUUUACAAAUGCUCACAGACCCAACCGUGGUGAUAUCUGAUCCCAGUGCAGAAGCACACUUUAGGUUAGAUCGGCUCUAAAAAGCUCAAACCAAGUCUCAGAGAUAUUUCAAAAAUAAAUUUAAAAAAAAAAAAAUAACAGAAAA